GGUCGAUAUCCAUUCAUGUUUGGUCUUUGCAGUACCAAAUAGGCUAUUAAAGGCAUUAUUGACGUGCGAGUUGAACGCUCGAGUAGAAACCGCUUAUCUCAACCAUUGUCUGGGUAUAAUGGUAGAAUAUCCUUUCAGCUUUGUGAGGCUGCUAUUUAGAGCCGUAUCCAGAAAGGAAUAAUAGAUUUACUUUCACCAAGAUGGCAAAUUGUUUUGAAGUCGAGGUUGAGCUUUGUAUAGUAUAGAGGAAAAAACACGCAUUUGAGAGGAAAAGCACGCAUAUCCCUUGGAAAAUAACUUGGAUUCUCUGUUUAAUGGAAACUUUUGACUCUCCCAAAUGAGUUUUGUUGGAAUGUAAUUGCUAAUUGGAGGAGGAGUUUCGUGAUUGGAUGUUUGUUUAUGUCUUCGAUCGACUCUUUAUAUUCGUCAAUGGGACGUUUUAUGGCGGGCGAUCUCUUUAGAAGUAAUUGCCUAACUGCCCAGCAGGCGAGGUUGAUGUCAUAGUCUUUUAUACCAGUUAUGUGGAUUUAUAGUUUGCGUAAAGAAAGAAGUUGUUUCUCGCUUGUAUUAUUGGAAUAUAACGAUUGUGAGCAACAAGUAAUAUUUAAUCAACACCAGUCAUGGAAUUAAUCAUACACAUCUUUGCAAUACUAACCGUUGUGCAAUCAACAUGGUCCUCACCGCUGACCAGUGCAGCGCCGCCUAUCGGUAGCCAGACUCCUGGACACCCAAUCAUAAGUACUACGCCAGCAACUGAAAUUAGAACUGGAUUACCAGUCAGUAGUCCUUCCCAAAGAACAAUUAGCAGUGUUGAUUAUAGCACAGGAACUACACCAUCUUCAUUAUUAGAAGUUACAAAAGCACAUUCCGAACAAAACUUUACGAAAAGCAGCAGCGAAAUUGUAAAUACAACAACUAAUUUACCAACACGUCCAAAGACAUUCGAACCCCUUGUCAGUGUAUCCUCACAGGAUGAAACCAAGACUACAAUAGAAAGGACAAACUUGGGCAAUAGGUCAACGCCUAGUCCAAGUAAUACCAGCCAAGGGGCUGUAACUCCAAGCAGUUCAGAGGCAUCCAUUCCUACAAGGGUCUCAUCAAGUAGUGUUCCUUCUGAGGAAGUAAACCAGACGCCUAGUCCAAGUAACACCAGCCAAAGGGCUGUAACUCCAAGCAGUUCAGAGGCAUCCAUUCUUACAAGGGUCUCAUCAAGCAGUGUUUCCUCUGAGGAAGUGAAUCAGACUACUUCAGAGGAACCUUCUAAAACCCCUAUACCUGGAGAGCCCGGAUUGCGGUCUUCACCAAGAGUUGCUUCGGAGUACAGUGUCACGACGAUAGACGUGAUGACGGAAGGUAAUACUAGUUCUAAAUCGAGUGCAACUAAUGGUAUCGCUAUUGACACAGAUUCUUCAACUCCAAUGGCAGUUCUUUUUACUACUCUAAGAAAGUAUGAUACUUCGCAAGAUACAGACACUCAACUUCCCGAUACAACAAGUUUGGAUCUUACUACAGUCGGGAAAAUUGUUACCAGAAAUCCCUCGGAUAUGCCUAUGACGUCUGUUCAGGUGGAAACAACGGAACCAUCGAGUGUCUACUCGCUGGUCACAGAAUUGCCCUUAGUUACGGACUUACCGACUGGGCUCAUGCCUACAGACGUUUCUCAAACGAUGCAAACAUCCUUGCCAAGUGCACAAUCCACAGCCUUGUCAACAGACGAGCAACCUCUUGAAGUAUCAACACUGUUCGACGGAGGCACAGAUGGGACGCCCUCUGCGUUUGAUCCAGUCAGCCUUGAAGCAACUACGCGGCUAGACGAGACGUUCUUCGAUACGACCGAAGCCGGCACUUUACCGACAACUACAGUAUCUCCACUAGAGGUAGGUAGUAUCGGGACCAUUGAAGCGGUUACAGAUUUAGGAAUGACUGAAGAAACCAAUCCUGCAACCGAUUUGCAGGAAAUGGAAACUGAUCUUCUCACGGGAGAAGAAGUUGAAGGAACUCCUCCCCUCGAGCUUUGGACUAUAGAAACAUCGUCAGAGGAGGUAACGGAAUUCGAUUUUCCCAACGAUUUGUCAACCGAACUCAUGGCAUCUACGGAGGCUACAACAACAAUCGAAACACCAGUCAUUCCGGCGCCGUGUCUUUGUGAUGUUGAAUCAGACCUAUUGUCUGCUAGCGUCUGCCUCUGCAACACAUCCCUUGCACUCUCCAACUUCACUUACCGCGCCCACCUGGUCCGGCGUAACCAUGACAACAGGACCCAUCCGGAGGUCCAGGUCCACGCUGCUCUCAUCUCUUCUGGCUCUGGGUGCUGGAACAUCAGUGUUCCUCUAGGAGGGUCCUAUAAAUUGGUGGUAACGGCAGAGGAUGGAUUGGGGAACCUUGUCAGUACUCCUACGGCUUAUUUCUAUAGUGGUCUAAUGCCGCCUUUCCUUUCCGUCAAGAAGGUCCCCGGAGCCAUACCCUCGCUCGAACUCUACUGGCAAAUCCCUUACCCGACCUACGUGGAUGACGUCACAAUUUUUGUCAGCAAAGACGACGCGCUUGCAACCGAGCUCACGUGGAUGCGCGUUGGGGGUGUGCGCACAUCAGGGCAGUUCACAUUUGUCGCGAGUGGUCUCGGAUCCAAGUACUCUGUGGCGGUGGUGAUUGCCAGUGGGGCCAAGUCUGUGACGUCCAACUAUGAUACUGUGGUAAUAGCCCCGCAACACCCUCAUACCGUCCGAGUAGCCAGCAUCUCCUCAGAACUCCUCACCAUGCAGUGGCCCCAUGACCCCUCAUCCUGCACCGCCGCAUGCAGUUACCUCGUCCGAUACCAACAGACGUCACCGUACAACUACAACUCCAACCCCGUCACGGAACUCCCGGUCCGUUGCCCGGGUCUUCUCGCCGCCCAGCCCGCACGCAGUACUAGCCCCAACGCGAUGAACACAUGCACGGAAUACCUCCGUGAUUUGAUACCCGGUGCGCUUUACGACAUAGACGUCUACGCGUCGAGUUAUGGUGUGCUCAGUGUAACGGCUGCGCAGUUACGUCAGAGAACACCCCCUACACCGCCACAGAACGUCACAGUCACAAACGUUACCGAGCAAUCUAUCACCAUUGCAUGGACGCCGGGGGCGGGCUACAGAACGCGCUAUCAUCUGCACGCCUAUGCGACAAGUUACAGCGAAGAGGUCGGCGUAGUCCACGGUGACGUCACAGAUUUUACAUUCCACAAUCUUUUGGCGGGAACGCGGUAUAUUAUCACAAUCAGAGCGAGCGCUAACGACACAGACGGGGAUAUGGUGCCGGUAGGAGAGACUACUCUACCGACAAAGCCAGGACCAGUAGACCGACUGAGAUUGGAACCUCAGAUAGACCAUCGUCAGAUUAGACUUGCAUUCCUGGCCCCAAUGUUGCCUAAUGGGGUUCUUGAAGGAUAUCGGGUUGAGUACGUCGGCAAACGAAAUGGAUCGCGCACUUGUAGCAGCGGCCAGAAGUACCUACCGGUUGUAGAGACAUCGGUAAUCAUUGAGGGUCUCAAAGGAGGAUGUUACUACACGUUCACGGUUAAAGCUCGGAACGAGGUCGGACUAGGACCUGGUGCGUCUGACUCGGUUCUAACUGCAAUUGGAAUUCCACAGGUCCCGGAUGCGAGGCCCCUGCCCCCACCCAGCAAGACCAUCAGAUCCAGAAACUUUGUUGUGAACUUUGACCCCUCUAUAUUUGAUGACGUCAAUGGUGAAAUAACUCACGUCAUAGUCAUCGUCGCCCAAUCAAGUGCGGCUGACGAUCCUGCGCGGAGUAACAGCAGCCUCCCACGAAUGCCGACUUGGGCAGAGGCUAUUUCUAAUGACGUUAUCCCGCCUUAUCAAAUCAGUGAACCCCUUGUUUUGAGCGACCUAGUACAAGAUACUCGUCGAAAGAGAAGUGUUGCAGCCACAACUCCUACCACACCUACGAUUACCAAGAUUGAUAUUGGUACAGAGGAGUGUUCAUAUGAAACGAAGAAUGUGUACUGUAAUGGACCGCUCAUACAAGGAAGGUCUUAUGUGUAUCGUUUCCGUGGAAUAUCACCCGGUGGAUAUGCAGAUACCAAGAACUCCCUCCCUGUGUCAUUACCCAUGAGUCCGCACGGCGUGAUCAUCGGCAUCAGCACGGCUCUCUUCUCCCUGCUCGUCGUCGUCAUCAUCCUCUCCAUCGUCAUCAUUGUAAGGAAGUUCAGAAUUCAGAAAUGUCUGCGAGUUGUCCUUCAAUGCAAGCACAGACUGGACGGCAGAGGACGCUAUCUCCCAGCCAAUAUGAAAGAUGUCGAGCUAACACGUGUACCAAACAAUUCACAUCACACCAUCUCAAAACAAAAACAUUCCAGACCUGUUCGUUUGAGUGAUUUUACCCGCGAUUGGUUUAGCAUGAAUGCAGACAGUAACUAUGGCUACUCGCAAGAAUAUGAGGCUAUUCGUAAAGUAGGACGCAAGAUGACGACGAACACCGCAGUCUCGCCAGCAAAUGUGGGCAAAAAUCGCUACACUAAUAUUCUGCCAUAUGAUCGUACAAGGGUUAAACUGAGCCCAGUUGAUGACGAAGAGGGAUCGGAUUACAUCAAUUCAAACUACAUACCUGGUUUCACCUCCCCGCGUGAAUACAUCGCCUGCCAGGGGCCUCUCCCAGGCACCACUGAUGAUAUGUGGAGGAUGAUCUGGGAGCAGAAUGUAACCACGGUUGUCAUGGUAACGCAACUGGUGGAGAAAGGCAAGGUGAAAUGUGACCAGUAUUGGCCUGACGAUCACAUGCCUGUCCUCUAUGGUGAUAUCCAGGUCACCAUGAACCAAACCUUUGAAGAAAAUGAUUGGAAUAUCAAAGAAUUUGCUGUGCAACUGAGAGAUCAGCGGCGCUAUGUUAGGCACUGGAACUUUCUCUCAUGGCCUGACCAUGGUGUGCCGGAAUCUAGCCAAGCUCUCCUAGCUUUCAUUAGGAGAAUCAGAAGCACCAAGCCCCCUUCUUCUGCUCCUGUUGCGGUACAUUGCAGUGCUGGAGUAGGGCGCACAGGGACCUUCAUAGUCCUGGAUAACAUCCUGCAGCACAUGGAGCAGUAUGACUUUGUAGAUGUUAUGGGUGUCGUGUGCGGGAUGAGAAUGCAUAGAAACUUCAUGGUCCAAACAGAGCAACAAUACGUGUUCAUCCACCGGUGUCUGAUGGAUGUGAUAGAGGAGAGAGGCUUGGCACCAGUACCUAUGAUGAGUGGUAGCUUACCCUGAAAGGGGGGCAGUUGCACCCCUCCAUCCCUCUUCCUUCCUGUUCUCUGAUCGGCUCUUCAAUUUUAUUUUUUUUAAGUUGUAUUUUUAGUUUCAAAUGUUAUCAUAAUCAUGAUCUGCAUUUCAAAUUAAUAAAAUUUGAACACAACAGUUUAGAUCAUUAUGUUCCCAUACUUCAAAGCAUACAAUGUUUUGGACUCUUGCUUUCUUAUUGUUCUUAGCUUCGUUCCUAAGAUAUUAGAUUUCAAACUCUGACAUCAUCAUGAUCUGCAUUUCAUAUAUUCAGAGUAAAUGUAUGCCACAUUUUCUGAUUAGUUUUAGGUAUUUAUACAAUAACAGAUUAUAUAUGCAAACAUGAAAAUUAAAAUAUGAAUCUACUCUCAUGGGAAGACUUAGUGAAAGUUUUUGUCCAAAGUCACAGUUAAGAACUCGUGUAAUAUAACUUGUAAUAUAAGUUAGAAACUUAGCGUUUGUGAUUUUGUUGAAUAUCUUCUGUUAGUAUCGUUUUGUGUUUAUUUAUUUGGUGCAAUAUGAUUUUCUAGGGUAUGAUAAACUUGCGGUGUAAAUUAUUAUUUUGUUUAUGUUCGCUAUGUUUGUGUGCUUUUCUACAAGACUGGUUAACAUUUCUCUUGAUAGAACUACAUGUAUUGAUUUCA